AUGCUUUUAUCAGGUGGAUCAGAAGAGAAUAUAAGAGAGCUGUUUUCCAAAGCAUACAAAACUGCACCAUCCAUAGUUUUCAUUGAUGAGAUUGAUGCAAUUGCUUCAAAAAGAGUAAACCUUGAAAGGGAGAUGAAAAGACGUAUCAUGACACAAUUAAUGACCUGCAUGGCUGAUCGCAAACGGGCAUAUGUUUUGGUGAUCGGUGCUACUAACAGACCUGAUGCUAUUGACCCAACAUUAAGAAGGCCGGGACGUUUUGACCAUGAGUUCAGAUUAGGUGUUCCAGAUGAAAAUGCUAGAACAAAGAUUCUUUCUGCAAUUACACAAAAUGUAAAACUUGAGGGUGCUUUUGAUCUGGUCAAAGUUGCAAAGUCAACUCCAGGUUUUGUUGGAGCUGAUUUAGAAGCUUUGGUGAAAUUGGCUGGUGGCAUUGCUAUGCAGAGAAUUUUUGAAAGAAAGUUGGAACUUUCUAAAGAUAAUGAAGACUGGUGGAGGAAGACAUAUAGUUGGACUCCUGAAGAGAUUGCCAACUGUAGCUACACAAUGUCUGAUUUUGAGGCAGCUGCCAAGCAGGUUCAACCCUGUUUAACAAGAGAAGGAUUUUCGAGCGUUCCAAACGUCACAUGGGACGACGUUGGAGGUCUUGAUUCAUUGAGGAGGGAGUUUUACAACAACAUAGUUGCACCUAUAAUAUGUCCCGAUUUGGCUAAGAAAUUUGGAGUAGAUUCAAAGCCAGGGUUUUUGCUUUAUGGACCUCCUGGUUGCGGAAAAACAAUGAUUGCACAAGCUGUUGCUAACGAAGCAGGAGCAAAUUUCAUACACAUUAAGGGUCCUGAGCUUCUGAACAAAUACGUUGGGGAGAGUGAAUUGGCAUUGCGGACUAUAUUCAGUCGUGCAAGGACAUGUUCUCCAUGCAUACUAUUCUUUGAUGAGAUAGAUGCUAUGACAACAAAGCGUGGAAAGGAAGGGGGGUUGGUUGUUGACAGACUUCUAACCCAGCUACUGACAGAGCUAGAUGGCGAUGAUCAACGCAAGGGAGUUUACGUAAUUGCUGCUACCAACAGGCCAAAGGUGAUGGACAAAGCAAUCUUACGCCCCGGAAGGUUAGGGACACAUAUGUAUGUUCCUCCGCCGAACCAAGAGGAGCGUGAGAUGAUCUUAAAAGCUCUUUCUAGGAAUAAGCCUUUAGAUGCUUCUGUCAACUUGGGUGCUAUUGCUCGGAGCAAGGCUUGUGCAAAUCUAAAUGGAGCCGAUCUUAAAAGAAUGAUGGAUAUAGCUACAACGGCUGCUUUUGUAGAAGCUUUCACUAAAUUUAAAGCUGCUAUUCAUGAGGGGACAUCUAGCUCAUCAUCACAAAGCUAUCUAGAUAAGAUGCCAUCUACUAUCAAUGCUGCUCAUUUUGCGCUAGCAUUGGAAGAAAUUUCGCCUUCCAUCUUUGAUAAGGUAUAA